AUGAAUCACACGAAGGUUCGAGGAGGAUGGGGAUUUGGCCUAGCUCUUUGUGUCACACACCUAUCUCUUGAUGUUCUACUCUGCACGGCUUCCAUCCUCCACCUCUGCGCCAUCGCAGUCAAUCGUUACCUUGCCGUAACAUUCCCGCUGAUGUACUCACGUGAUCGUGUUAACUCUCAGAAGCGAAUCUUGGGCACCAUCAUCCCCGUUUGGGUUAUUUCAAUUGCCAUAUGUGCUCCACUCUUUAUCCAGGGAUUCAUCAAUCCUGAGAAGACAUUGAGCGAAGAUGGACAGGUUUGUGGGUUCUUCGAUAAAACAUUCAUCAUCUAUUCAUCGAUGGGUUCCUUCUAUGUGCCUUUGGCGGUGAUGAUAGUUGUGGACGUUCGCGCUGUGCGCAAGUUACGUGGACGCAAGGCUUUGGCGGCACAACGUUCCGUCGGACAGACUCCACCACCUCAACCGUCACCGACGCGAGAGCAUGUCUCGCGAUCACGCUCUUCCACUCCACCACCACCGCCAUCACCGGACAAAACCUACCUUACAGUGCAGGGUAAUGGAGCGCCUCCUUCGCCGGGGAUAGACUAUCGUCGGCGACCGCUUCGAAUCAGCUUCCAUAUGAAUCGUAAGUCAGGACAGAAACUUGGGUACGGAAGCACCGUGGUGGAAGCCGUGCCGGAUACGCGGCAGAAAAUGCUUUCGAACAAACGCGAAAAGAGGGCGGCCAAGACUCUUGUGGUUGUCUUUGCGUGUUUUAUCAUCCUCUGGCUGCCUUUCUUUGUCAUGCAUCUCGCCAAUGGGUUCUGUACUAGCUGUCAGAUACCUGAUGAACUCUUUAUCGCCUUUACGUGGCUCGGUUACGUGUCCUCGGCGUUCAACCCUUGUAUAUACACGUGCUUUAACAAAGAAUAUAGAAGAGCAUUCAUCAGAAUAAUAUGUUGUGGCAAAAAACGUCGUCAUUCCUUCCGCAUAAACGAAACGUCAACCUUCAGAUCAAGCCUAAGACAUUCAUGAAACAGAAAAACUAAGUUCACGGUCAUCUCGAAUUAUUGUCAUAAUUAUAGGGUCAGGAUGUCUUUCAGCCUUCGGAAUCGUCAACAAUGUCAGAGUUCCUUGAAUUGGCCCACAAACCUAAGAAGAAAUGAAAUGCAUAUUCAAAAUAGAACACCUGUGACUUUCUUCCAGGGUCCUUAUCGUAAAAAUCUAAAAUUAUCGAAUACACAGUGCGUCCCAGAAAAAAGGAAACCGGGAUUUGCAUUUUUUUCUUUAAAGGCAAAUAAAUUAUGACAUUUUAUUUACAUAAUCAUAUAAUUCAAUUAUUUAUCUUUAUUUUGAUACCUAACAUGAGACGAGCACUUCACUCAUUAGUGAUCAAGACGAGUUUGAAAUUGUAAUGUCAAAACCAGGUUGCGCAGAAAAGUUGGACAAGAUUGGUUGGUGAUACGACGACUGUGCAUACUCGACGAUUGGCUCAUUAGCAUUUAUUUUUAAGCUUCUUUCACUGAUCCCUGAAAUGAGAGUUGAUUCAGAUUCUCACGUAAUUUUCUGCGCAAAUCAUUUCCGAUAUGCCUCAAUAUUCAUUGUUUGUUUUCUGCCAUGCGUAAACGAUUUGCUUAGCUGUUUUAAAUAAAAGAUGAUAUGCUACUUUUGUCAUGAGGAUCAAAUUUAUAGUAAAAAAUAUAUUUAAUAAUUGUGAAAUCUAUCUCUGAAAACGGGUUUCCUCUUUUAUGGGACGCACUGUAAAGUAUUUGUGCUAACUCUUGUAUCCGUCAUUAUUACAACAUGGUCACAAGCCCAUGAAGCCAAUGCUCUCCCAUUCUUUCCGUUGUUCUAUUAAACUUCUGUCUUAUGAAUUUAUAAAUAUUUAUACCCAUAAUAUAUCACCUUUAUCCCCAUGCUGAGUAAUGAUGUCAUGUUUACGCUGCAGCAGGUCAAUUAUAAACGUGAUAAAGUUGGCGAUACAACUGUUAUUCUAAGUCACGUAAUAAAUCAACCAUAGCCAAAAUAACGAAAUAGUUAUGCAUACGUUGAAUCCGUGGAUGUUCUCAUGAUAAGACCGUAUUUUAUUUUUUACCAUGACCAAAAAGACUCCGAAUAAAUUUCCAAGCUUUUGCAUGCUAAAAUUUCUAUUUGAGAAAUGCCUAUUUACUAACUGAGGGCAUGAGAAUACCAGGUGGAUAGGCUGAAAUAACAAAACAUUAAAAGUAAUCCCUUUCUUUACAUCAAAAUUAUACCGAUUUCCCCUUACCCCACCCAAUUUUUAUAUUAGAUCAGGCUUAAAUUCCCCUUUAGUUCAGACAAAAUAUCAAUAAUUACUUAACGGACAUAGUUUGAUUCUGAACGCCGGACGGACGUACGUAUGGACAGAUUAGUAAGAACAACCCACAGUGAGCCCUCAGAUUAUUGACCAUGACAUGUUCAAGCAAACACACAACCAACUAACAGAUUGACUGAAAACUAGUAUUUUAUGAUAAUAAAUGUCAGUAGUAUAGGGAUAGAAAGCGAAAUGACAGUGUACUCCAUCAAACAUUUGAUAAUGGAUGCUGACCACAUUGAUACUAUCUCUUUAAAAUAACAUGUCUACUUCGAAAUUUGAAAUUAGAGUUCGGACUUGGGAUUGAGGCUACUCUGACAAAACUUAUCGAUAAAUACCCGUUUAAAGACAUCGGACCGAUCCAAAACUAGGGACAUACUGAACCCUUUCGGUGGGAGCUGUAAACCUUCCAGCAAUACUGUGACAACAGACAUGACAGAGAGGGGUCCAGGGAAGCGAUCCACACCGCUACGUCACAAAGCGGUCUUAUGGAUCGCUUCGCUUCGUAGACCGCCUCAGGAGUGACUUGAAAGGAAAGUGCGCAAAGAAGUUAUCUCAAUCUAGAGUAGGAAAGCUAGAAAUUAAGCAGAAAACCGACAUUUUAUUGACGAGUGUCAUGAUGGGACAGUUACGAUUUUUCGCGCUAACUUCUGACCCUACUGGCCAGCACAUAAGUGUUCCACCAACAAAAGCAAUCCUGGACUCUGGACAGGUUUUGUGUACCGAUCAAGAUUUCCAUCAAAUAUAGUGACGGUGACAAACAUUUCUAAUUUCUUUCCAGAUGAUUUUGUUAUAUGAAUUUAACUUGUAAGUUGAAUAGUAAGCACGUUACGUUCCUCAUGAACUUGUGACCAGGUGAUGUACAGUUAGACUAUUACAUAUUCUAUAAAUCAAUCACAACCAUUAAUCUUUUCUACAAUAACUUAUCAUCCCAGAAAGGAUUAAACGAUAACGCCUAUGAAAAAUUUGUGGGUGUAUAACAAUAAAAUGGUAAAAGUAUAAAACAUUUAAAUUUGUUAUUAGGACAAACGAAUAAUUAAACCCCUAUGAAACCUGACUAAUUCCCUAUAUCUUAAAAUCGACACGACAUAAUUCCAACUUAACCGAUAUUUCACAAACAUUAUGUUCCUCUAUUACGGAAAGAACUGUACAAUGACUAGAAGAUGUUUUGCAAAGGGUCAGACCACAACGACUUAAAACAAUUGCUACAUGCUACCUGAUUACGAAGCACGUUAACAGACAUGACAGAAGAAAAAAAAGUAUUCGACCAUAAUUCAUGGAUGGAUAUAUUGGUCUUUAAAAAAGUGGCGCCCUUGCUUGACCUACAAUUUGACCAUAACUAUAUAAACUUGAGACUAAAACCCAUACAUCCAUCGACUGACGAGCUGGGGUAUACUUUGUAGGCCUACUGAUCACAGGUUCGUACGCAACAUGAUGAAAGUGACGGUAACAGUUCUUGACCUGAUAACAAUAGCAAUUAUACUAGCAAACUUAGAAAAUGACAAAAGUUCUGACAUUACAAUAUUUUUAUUUAUACCUUAUCUUGACUCUUGCUGACUUGCUGACAACACAACUUACACAAAAUUAUCAGGAACAUUUUUGUUGGGAUGAUUUACUGUCGAAAUUACAGUUAUUUGUCUUUGUUUAUGAUAGUGACACUACACAUUGACAAACGAUUAACACCAAAUUCAUAAGAUUUCUUAUCAAUUAUAAAUGCAAAAUUUUCAUGGCAAAUUUGUUUUUAGCCAAUCAAAUCCGAUUUCAAUCACACAUUUAUUUGUUUUGUAACUUAUCUUAUGUAACCAGAUGAUAACCGGAUCCGUAAAUACUAGUAUAAAAUUUGGCGAGGAUCGAAUAGUGUCACCUUUGGUGGUUUUUGUAAGUUCCUUUAACACUUACAUCUAACUUCGUAUGUUUUUUUCGACGGCCUAAUUGCCCUCUUACACUUGAUUCCUCUCACGGACAAACUAAUUAAAAUCGACUGUCCAUAUUUUUUAUGCCCCAUGGUCGCUGACAAUGUAUUCAACACUGAUUUUGUUCAACUGGGGCACGAUUGUGCAUGGUAAGGCGACUCUGAUCCCACUUGACUCCCAUUAUGACGCAUAUACUCGAGUACUUUGACAAUGACACGAAUAAAUUUUGAUGACGUCACGGAUAAACUAAUUAACUUUGAUACAACCUGACUUUACCAAAAGACUCUCAGCAUGUGUUUGACAAACUUUUGUCACUCACAAAAACAAUAUCAAGUAUUGCUCCCCGCCCCCCCCCCAAAAGUGCUCUUUAAAUGAUGAUAAAUCAAGUGUUCACAGAGUGGUUCAUAAUUAUGAAUUAGUACAUUGCGCUUAAGACAAAACUGGAUUUUCUAAGGACAUGACCUAAAAGAUCACGAGUUAAUCCUUAAAUCUGUUCUUAUGGUCUAAUGGGAUCUACAUAGUAUUCAUCUUUGUAUGCAUAACAUGAAGUUACGCUCAGUAGUAAGUGAGUUGUAAUUUUGGAUGUGACCGACAACGGCACAGGAUGGUACUGUUAGUAGUGUGAAAGAGCAAAGAUAGAAUGUCUUUGUCCUUCUCCCAUUCUACGUGACUCGAUUUAUGAACCACGGAGAAUGAAAAAUUUAUAAAGAAACUUUCAUAAUCAACAGAUAGAAAUAGAUAGUGACGUUCCUGACCUUAUAAGGCUUAGAGCUCAUGAAUUUGGACAAGGGACCUUUACGAAAGGAAUAUGGACCAGACCUACGGGACGUAAGAUAUUAGAACUUCCCAUUAGAAAAAAAUUGCCAUACAAACUCUUCUUUCUAUAUUAGAUCAUAGAACAGCAAUAUACUUUUCUUAAAAAGGGACUGAACGACUUCAUACCUGUGAUUAUUUUCGUUGAAAUCAUCUACUCAAACUGCAAUACCUUAUUUACAUCAACAAACCCGACCCUGACCGACAUAGGAAAUAGCUUCACUGAGCAAAUUUUCAGUGAUAUCCUCGAACAAAUCAUCUCAUUCAACCAUUUGCAAGAAUUGAAUUAUGACACUUGUCUGAAAAAUCUAUGACAAAUUGUUCAGAAGGCUCUUUCCAGGAAGAUACACACGAACAUGACGAAUAGUAACGAAACCCAGUCUAGUUCGACAGACUUAUAACAGUAUACUGCACAUUUUACUUUACGCCGCGCCAUUAAGCCGUUUCAUCUUGUCGUCUGAUAGGUUGUCAGGUCUGGCCAGUUUUGCAUAGUUCUGAUUGGCUGAGAAGCUCAGGUGUCCGACUGUUACUAUGGUAACUCCCUGAUAAUGACAACUUGUUUGGGCUGACAUCCUUCGUGAAAAGGUUCCCUUUUGACCCAAUGGACAAACUUUCACCUUGCACAUGUACAAGUCGAACCGUCUCAUUUGGAUAUCUAUUCAAUUUUUCAGAUUUCUGUAUCAUAAUAAUUACAUUGGCGGCGAUCCAGGGGUGGGACGGUUGAACCCCCCCCCCCCCCCCCGAUGAUACAUGUUUGGCACCUGCCCACCUCAUUUCUCAAGUGCUUAAAAGAUGAAGAAAUGAAAAUUAGGAUAGAAGGAGAACAACUUUAUUUGAAACACAAAUGAUUUAAUAUUUUGGUCACUGAAUAACACUGCCUCUGUCAUCGAUAUGCCUAUUAGACCUUCUAAGACAUUGACAUUAAAUCGACACGACUCUAGAAAUACUCUGAUAAGAAUAAGGUACACAUUGAAAUUGAAAAGGGAGAGGAUUGGCGACAUCUUAGAAUUCGAUAUUUGAUAUUUUACAUGUUUUAGAAAUAAUAAUGUUAAUCGGUCUUUUUUAUACAGGGUAUCCAUUUCAGUUGAGUAACUGAUCUACGAGAAGCUCCUGCAACGCCCUUAUAGAUAUCUAUUCAAUGCCAACCUUACAUAAUAAAUGCGUAGAUGAUAUUUUCCAAGACGUUGUGGUACUAUUGUCUACGCAGCCCGGGAAGACAAUAACAGAGAAAACAUGACGAGCAGACUGGGCUUUCGACGACGACUUCCCGAUUCUCUUAAACUAUUAAGAAAAGAAAAAACUCUGAUGCAUAUUCAUGAUUACUUGAAAUUACUUCCCCAAACGAAACUUUGAAUAGUGAUUUACCAUUUGUAACUCGAAAUUGGUUUAUCUGCACAUUUCUUUUUUUUUCUUCUUUUUCUUUAUGUGAUAAGACGUUGACAACGAAAUAACUCCGAUAUAGUGACUUGCGAUUUGCGACUUUCAGGGCAACUUUAUUUCCAUAAAGACUAGACACUUGAUAUCCAGGGCAGAAAUAUGAAGACGGUAUAUUUCAUUGGUCAUACCACUAUCAAUAAAGACUCGCGAUAUGCUAUUGCCUGACAAAAUCUACACUGUGGAUACUUGGACGCAAACGAAACGGACAGACCUAGAUAUUAACAGAUAUUGCGAGAUUACACACGAACUUUUAGUAAAUUUCACAGAUUUUUAUACAUACUGACCACAAUACCUACGCUCUUAAAGUAUUGUGAGAAACUAUAUACCCACAUGUAUUGGACUAACUUCAUUAAUUCGAAAAGGAUGACCUAAUGAUUCAUGGAGUGUAAAUGCGCAUGGCUAUAGAACUUGACGAACUUGUAACUAGGUUCUCUUCAGAACCUAGCCCAUCCGUGCAGCUCUCGACCACACAUUUGACCCUUGUUCCGGACUGAUAUGGAAAAUGUUUUGGACUAGACUGACUUUAAAGAUCUCUUCAGAACCCAUCCAAAAUAAUUACAGAUUCGUGCAGCUCUCGACCAUCCCAUUGACCCUUUUUUCGGACUGAUAUGAGAGAUGUAAUUUGGCUAUUCAGGACUAUAUGAACACAACUUACCCGACGCAACCGACUACCAGAUGUGGCUCCGCACCAUUCAGUUCAUUUCGCACCAACAUUAACAUUCUCUUCAGGAUUAAGAGCCCAGACAAUCCGAUUUACAUACACUGACAAUUUACUGUCCCUAUUGGAGCCCAUUCCUUAACUGACUUUAUUGUGGUCUUUCAUGGGGAUGUUUGUUGAUACCAGAAUUGGUAAAAGACGUUGGAAUACUUGUAAAAUAGUUUCAUUGGAGUAUUCUUUGGCAUGUUCGGAUAUUGUCCGUUCGGUGGAAGUAAGGCAAUGACAUUACAUUAAUGUGAAGCGAUGGGCGGAGGUUAAAGCACAAAGAGAUCAGAUCCGCUGGUAAUCAACUUCGAUUCGACACGGCAGGAGACUAGGAGAGAGACUAAGGGUGUGUUUAUGGCAUAGAGAUGUAUACUAAUAACGCUAGAGGGCGUACUUCGUCAAAUCUCUGUGAUUACGCGGAGACCGGCCGCCAUUACUCGAUAGGUCUUCGCAGCCUGCCAUGCGCGUACAUUACCUAUGGGGCAUGUACAGUGAUAGCACAGAAACGGAACAAAAUGAUGACAUAUGAGCUUGAAAGCAAAUGGAAAAGCAAAAUAUUGUAAAUCGCACUGGAUUAAAGUUCAAAUUAACAAAGAAUCUAUCAAAACUGAGGACAAAACUCCCUAUAUCUAUAGCGGGCAUAAUAUAUCCUACAAAUAAUACAGUCCAACGAUGAUAUACAUCCCCAAUCGUUUUUGCUUUGGUCAUAACAUUUCGAUGUAUCAUAUAUAUGACUUCUAUUUUCUGAUGAUUUGGAAGGGAUGAAUAUUAAAAAUAACAUGCAGCUAGGCCUAGGCAUAUCGUUCUAGGUCCUGCAAAUUUAACAUGAUCUAGUGUUCAAGUUGACCUCAGAAAUUUCAUAGGCCCUUUCACAGUGUCUGAUGCAUCCGAGACACAAGCUAUCGAAAAAACACGAUUGAAUUUUUUUUCAAGUAUAGUUUCCUAAUUACUAUGAUGCUGAUUGCUGAUAAUUUAUUUCUUUACUUUUGAUAAUUUUUAUAAUUCAUUUUCCAUUUAGAUCUACACAUAGAAAUCAUAUAAAUAAUAUAGAGCCUAUAUAACUCCUUUCCCCAUGGUUUUAAACGUCGAUGUAACCAACAUCACAAUAACUCGUGAGUCAUAAAAUGACUUUUAUUGAUAAUAUUUGAAAAUGAUUUAUGCAUUGGUCCAAUUAAUUGAUAAGUUUAUGAUUUAAAUUUCCAAUGCUGUCAACCAUCCGGUCAUAUUGAUUACUUAUAUACGUGCGAGCAAUUAAGAAAUGUUUGUUGACAGCAAAAUUUGCAUAUCAAAUGCGCGCAUGCAGUAGUACAAUUUUGCAAUGUACAGGAGGCCAUGGGGUAAAGUGUAUGAUGUUUACCGUGUAUUAUUGACUUGCAAACAUUUCAAUAUUUCGGAGAGUAAACAAAUUACAAUGCGUAUUUAACGCAACAUAGAACAAUUUCACUUUGAUUUUCUGGAAAGUCUAAACUUGAUUCACUAGCUCCGGCUGAAAUACUAUGCAGAUCGGCAAACCGGCUGAAAUAUUCUGUUGAUAUAAUUAUGGCCGGCGUUCGUGAUCCUAUAAUGAUUGGACCAAUAUUAUGUGAACAAAUCGAGGAUAGAAUAAUAAGAAGGAGAGGAACAAGGAGGAGAAGAGAAGAAAAAGGGCGGGAAGACUGAGGAUAUUUGUAUUAUACUACAAAGAUUAUUAUUACUAAAACUGAGUGUAUAAAACCAGUUGAUAACAAUAUCAUGAAAGAGAUUCAUAAAUGCAAACUUACUAAACUUAUAUAAAAACGGUUGCAAAAUUGUGAGUACUAAAACCAAACAUAAUAUUAUUGAAUAUUGCAAAACUGAAAAUACUUGGAAUAAGAUGUUAUACAAAUUUUCAGCUGUUGAGUGAUCAUCAUAAUUACCUGUCUUGAAAUUGUGUUAAUAUUUAUUAACUGUGUCUGUGUUUAAUUUAUGACAAAGAUUUCCAAACACUGGCACCGGCCUAUGUCAUAAACCGGUAAACAUGCGUUUUGCAUAUUCAGUUUUGUUUGUCACUUUAAAAGUAUAACUAAUUUGAUCUUCUAAUUCUAUUCUUUUAAUUUCAUUGGCUAGCCUAUGGACCUGAGUUUGAUUAUUCAGGUUUGUUUUAUAAUAAGGUUUUCACGGAUGAACAAAAUUAUAAUAUCAUUGACAUACGGGGCCGCAGAAAGAUUUUGAAACAGGGGGUGCAUAAAAUCACAAUCAUUUAUUAUGUCAUGUUCAUUUUCACUUUAGGGGGGAUCCAUGCAGUCGCGCCCCUAUUUUAUUUUGAUCAUAGUGUGUCAAAGUAAUUUUGAUUGGGUGCGUAUGACACUAGUCUUUAAUUACACCCACCCCUUAAAAAGCGAAUAAAAAAUCGAUUCUAGAAUGUACACUGGUGUAACGCCAAGAAAAGUAAUGAGAUACCCUUUAUAAUUACUACUUGCUAUUAUAAUAGCGCAUAAUCAAAGAUCAAAACACUAACUUAUACAAAUUAUUGUUAAUGAUAUAUUUCUUACAAAUUAAAGCAAGUUACAUCUAGUAGGCCUAUAUAGAAAUUAAAAUAUUAUAUCCAACAUAAACAAAUUGGUCAUGAGAACAUCAAGUGACGUGAAUGAAGGAAAUGUGGAAAAGGACGAUGCAGUUAAAGGUAGGGAUAUCCAGCGGAGAAGAUGGGCUAAUUCACUGUCUUUUGAAUUAAUUGUCAAUUUUUCCAUUAAUGUACGUUGUAUAUUUUUAUUUUAUCUGAUAUAAUAGAAAUUAUUAUCUAUUAUUAUC